AUGAGUGAUGCAGAUGAUCUUUAUUAUGAUUUAUAUCAUCCAUUAUUCGAAAAUGUGAUAGCUGGAGAUGUCCGAUAUGAUCAUUUGAAUACAGAUACCCAAAAUUAUAUUCGCCAUACCACAGCAGCAGUUGUUUAUAUGAGUGUGUGUUUGGCUUGUACAAUUUGGCAAAUUAAGGCAGCAAUAAUAUUAGCUUAUAAAGCACGAAAAUGGCUACAUUUCGCUGUUGUUUUUGAAGCAUUACUUUCCUUUAGUUCCAUCCUCUGUAGUAUAUUAAAUUCAUUAACAUCAAUUAGUUGUGGAUUUAGAUUUUGGGUGUCUAUUGUUGCGGUUAACCUUGGUGGCUGUUGUAUUCAAACAAUCUUAUUAUAUAAAGCUUAUAUCUGCUAUGAUCGUAGUAAAUGGCUCAUUAUUCUGGGUUCUUUUAUUAAUAUUGGGUAUAUUGCCUUAAUCUUUAUCUAUGCAACUCUAGGUCGAGUACCUACCUAUAAAGAUAUUGUGGGAAAUUGUGUUAUGAGAAACCUUGAAUGGCCAGCAUUAGCUAAAUUAGCUUUAGAUAUCGCUAGCAAUGUCUUUUUGUCAUUUGCCUUUUUAAUGGUAAUUCAUCGACAUUAUCGUGUCUUUGGUAAUAGUCUUCAUAAAUCACUUUUAUCAAAUGGUCUUAUUUUCUCAGUUGGUGUGAUUGCUUCUAAUAUUAUUACAGCCAUUUUGAUCUCUUGUCGUGUUAUGGGUGGUCUAUCAGCCGACUUGUAUUCUUUUGAUUGGGUUAUUACAAGCUACUUAUUAAUUAAACAAUUUAAAAUGAAUAAGAGACAAGAAAGUAAAGGGAAUAAAGGUCAAGAAAGUUGUGAUGAAGACGAUGAAGACGAAGAAGAAGAUGAUGAUGAUAUUGAAAUAUCAAGAAUUAAAAAGGCCUCUAUUAUAUCCUUUAAUCCUCCCGAGAAACCAUCUCAGUCACCUGUUUCCUUUAACGGUGCUACGUUAGUUACAAAUUCUACAUCAAUGACUCUACCUAAACAUAUCAUACCAAAGGAAGUCGACAUUGAGAAAUUUUUAGAUAAAAAUAUGGACAUAGCUACUGCAGCACUAAAAAACAGAUUCUCAACUGAUGUCAUGUCCACAGUGACAACGGUUUAUCCGAGCUCAGACUUUAGCCAAAUUAUUUGUCAAAAUUGUUUAUCUCAAUUACCUAAAUUUGACUUUCAAUAUCAUAACAAAAAUUAG